GCACGCGGAGUUUGGCGCGCUUGCGUAGAAGACUGGACAGCGCAUGCGCAGUGUCAUUUGACCCACUGCAUGACACAUAUCAACAAUCACCUACUAGCAUUUCAAUGAUACAAUCGUCGCCAGACUGCUUUCGCCGUUACAGAGAGAUGUUUACAUCGCAAACAUCCUCGUUUCAAGAGUCCAUAGACGUGGAUGAAAGAGAUGGAGACUUCGACAACGAAGAGAUCGGCGGAUACAGCCAGAAAAUACAACAGAUUAACAGUUACUAUGCUAUAUAUUAUUACCAGAGCAGAAGAUCUGAGGCUUCUGGAGAAAGUGUGGAGUGGAGCCAGGGAAGGUCAGACUCAACUACAAGUCAGGAUGACUUUAGUCUUACCCUAUUGGACUCCAGUUUGGCACCGGAGGCGGAGCCAGAACUGCGGAGCUAUAUCUCUCGCAGGUUGAGCAAGGGUGCUCUGCUGGGGGGUAUGGGCAAUAUUGCCACUGUGAACCUAAGCCUCUCUGAGCAAGCGGUGGGCUGCUACUGCUGUCUGUUGGAACAAGAGAAAUCUCCUCAACAGCCUGAGACAGAUGGGAAUGGCUGGGUGGUGUGUCUUCUAGGAGGGUCAGAGAAGGGCCUGAAUGCAUUCAGAAUUGAGCUGGACAAGUAUGUGCAGGGUCUACAGGCCAGUUUGACCCCAGAGAUGGAGAAUUUGGAGACUGAUGUGAGACCUUACCUGAGCUGCUGGUAUGAAGAGGCGGUGAUGCAUAUUCACAGAGUGGUUCAACUGUUGCAACCAAACGUCGGCUACCUUCUGCAUGCUGCUUUGAGUCACAAGCUAGUAGAAGUCACAGGGGCGGAUGAGAAGACAAAAGCAGAUGUAGCAAGAUUUAUUAAAGCAGCAAGCCUGCAGGGUCUAGUCCAGGAGGACACCACCACCUCUUCUCUAUGUAAGGCCAUGUCAGAAGAAUCCAACAGCAAUCUGAUCAUCGACUUCUCCACCACCCCACCCACACUUACCAAUGCAGUCAGUAACCGGUUCUGUGAUGACUGGAUCCAGGCUUUCCUCAAUGCUGCUGAUCGCUUUAACCCUUUCCUCCUUCGUCAGAUCUUGGAGAACUUCAAACUGAAGGCCAUUCAGGACAUGAACAACCUGAAGCGUUUUAUUCGCCAGGCUGAAAUGAGUCACUACGCUCUGUUUCGCUGCUGUCUCUUCCUUCAAAACUGUGGAAAUGGGGAUGUGCUGCUUCAGAACGCACGAGCCGAGCACAGCAGCCUUCCAGAAGCCUGUGGAAUCAUAAACGUCCUGGAGGAGUUCCUCAGUGAGCAGGCACAGGGAACACUGUACUGACACCUCUAGGGCUGCAGAGGGCCAACUGUCUGAGAGACAGUCCCCAACUGAAUUUCCUAAUUCAGCCCCCAUUAUUAAACCUGUGUGGUCAUAGAUUUGCAAUUUUAACCUGGAAACACUAAAUAUAGUCCAUCUUUAGACAUUCAUGAGCAAAUGAUUUUGCUGUGACGUGCUGCUGUAUGUUGUAUUUUUAUUAUUUCACUGUUUUGUGAAUAAUUAGAAAAAGAUCUUGUAAAAUGGACCAUCUGAAAAUAUUGUGAUCAAACUUUAUUUAAAGUUCAUUUUGAAUUAAUUUCUCUUCGUUAAUGUGUAUAAAUGUUAAUAUAGUACUACUAUUUAAAUGUGAAAACUGAUUCUAAUAUCUAUGUGUAACAGUCAUUGCAUAGUGGAUUUUUGAGAAACUUAGAUAUUCAAUAUUUUAAAAUACAUUCAACAGUCCUGUACAAGAAUUGCUAGCAAAGAUAAAAAAAAAAUUAAUCACAAAAUCCUGAAACUCUGCAUGAGCCAAUAUUAACAUGUAACACUCAAUGAUGAAAACCACAAAUCUCAAUGGAAAUUAAGCACAUCACAUCAGUUUGAGUGUUAGAAAUAAUAUAAAUUAUUUAAUUUACUUAAUUUCUAAUACUGCUGAUGUUUUGUAUUUUUCUAACUGAAAAUGUUCUCCUCUUGCAAUUUGACUAUUUGUUUACCAAAGACAAGACACGAAUUUGGAAACUUUUAUCUCAAUACCAAAUCAAUUGCAUAAAUACUGAAGCAAGAUGUACAUGUAAUGAACACAGAAGAAAUAUAAUUCUGUGUUUGGUUAAAAAAUAACUUUUGUUUACUGGUAUGAUGUACUGAUAAGUACAGUUAUAUGUUUAUACUUGCUUUAGACUUGUCUCCUAGAGUUCCUGAAAAUUUCUUUUUGAUUUUGCGUAACUGGAUAAUUUGUUUCAGCAAAAUUUAAUUCUGUCUGCAAUUAUGGAUUAAAAACUUGUUUAAUGCA